AUGAGUUUUGAUCCAAGUUCGAAAAGAACCUUAUUGUUAAGGUUAGGUGAAUAUGGUGAACCAAUUGCCAAUAAUAGUUCUUCAGAUAAGGACGGUGUUCUGACCUUACCUUCUCUACCUUGCAAUUUAGAAAAUGAUCUAACUAAUAAUGAACCUAUUUAUACUUUAAGAUUAUUAAUUGCCGCAGGUUCCCCUAUUUCAAGAGAUGGUUUGAUAUGGACCAAUUGUCCACCUGAUUCAGGUACUAUUUUCAACAGAGGUAAGUUUUAUAAAAAAACUAUAAAGUCAACCUUCUAUAAUGAUGACACUAUUGAUUUGGAAAUUUUCAGACCUGGUUCUUUUUGUUUCUACAUCUCUUUCAGAAAUAAAAGUGACAAUUUACAAACUACAAAGAAAUAUUAUUUCGUUUUACCUCCAAGUUUAUCAAUAAAUAAGACAUUCUUACCUUUGAAUUCGAUUAAUUGUCAAACUAUAGUAUCAAAAUGGCUAGGUAAUGAUCUUAACAAAGAAUGGUUUAAAAUAUUUGAAAAAGUUUCAAAUAAGGGUUACAAUAUGAUUCAUUUCACCCCUUUAACUAUAAGAGGUGAGUCGAAUUCUCCUUACUCCAUUUACGAUCAAUUAGAAUUCGACCCAAAGAUUUUUCCAAAUAAUAUUGAAGAUGUAGAUAACAUGGUUAAAAGAUUGCAAAAGGAUUAUGGUAUCUUAUCAUUGACUGAUAUCGUGUUUAAUCAUACAGCAAACAAUUCUCAAUGGCUAAGAGAACAUCCAGAGGCUGGUUACAAUCAUGUUACUGCCCCUCAUUUGAUUGCUGCAAUGGAAUUAGAUGAAGCUUUACUAGAAUUUAGUAAAGAGUUGAAACAUCUAAACUACCCUUGCUCUGUUGAAAGUGAAGAUGAUUUAUUCAAAAUUAUGGAUGGUAUCAAAAUUCAUGUUUUAGGUCAACUGAAGUUAUGGGAAUAUUAUGUAAUUAAUAUCGAAGAAACUUUAGAACUUUUAGAAAAAUCAUACGAUACUAUCGAUGCCAGCAAAAAAUUGAUAGAUAACGAACAAAACAUUAUAAAUGAUAUUCCUGAAUCAACCUUAAAUAAUGUAGUAGAAUUGAGUAAAAUCUUUGCAAAAGAUUUCAAUGCUCAACCUUUUCAUAUCCUCGGUGAAAGAAACUUUCACACAAUUGACAAUGACAGAUUUGUUUUAUUCUUAAAGAAGUUUAAAAAUUUCGAUAAAUUCGAUAAAAAGGUUGAAGAUUUCGUGACAAAUCUAUUGAAUGAAAUAAAUUUACCACUUUACAGAACCUACGAUGAUGAUGUUAACGAAAUUUUAGAACAGUUGUACAAUAGAAUCAAGUAUUUAAGAUUAGAUGGUCACGGUCCAAAAUUGGGUAAUAUUACUGACGAUUCGCCAUUGACUGAACCUUAUUUCACAAGAUUUGUUGGUAAGGAUGGUGUUAAGUAUGCCUUAGCUAACAAUGGUUGGAUUUGGAAUGGUAACCCAUUGGUGGAUUUUGCUUCUCCACAAACAAAAUCUUAUUUACGCAGAGAAGUCAUUGUUUGGGGUGAUUGUGUUAAAUUAAGAUAUGGUAAGUCUCCUGAAGAUUCCCCUUACUUAUGGGACAGAAUGUCAAAAUAUGUAGAAGUUAAUGCUAAAAUCUUCAAUGGUUUUAGAAUUGAUAACUGUCAUUCAACUCCACUCCAUGUUGGUGAAUAUUUCUUGGAUUUAGCAAGAAAAUUCAAUCCAAAUCUAUAUGUUGUCGCAGAACUAUUCUCAGGUUCAGAAACUACUGAUUGUUUAUACGUUGAAAGGUUGGCUAUCAGUUCUUUGAUUAGGGAAGCUAUGCAAUGUUGGUCGGAAGAUGAAUUGGCUAGAUUAGUUUAUAACUAUGGUGGUAGACCAAUUGGUUCCUACAAAUUUGUUCCAACAGAUAACAUCGCUUAUUCACCUGAUUUGAAACUUGAUUCAAACUAUCAUCUAUGUAACAAGGAGUUCCCAGCGGUCAGAUGUGUUUCUGAAAUUAUGAUCCCAAAGAUUCUAUCUGCCCAACCUCCUCAUGCUCUAUUUAUGGAUUGUACCCAUGAUAAUCAAAUGCCAUAUCAAAAAAGGACAGUAGAAGAUACACUUCCAAACGCUGCAUUAGUAGCCUUAUGUUCCAGUGCUAUUGGUUCUGUAUAUGGUUAUGAUGAGAUAUUCCCAAGCUUAUUAGACUUGGUGAAUGAAAAAAGACAAUAUUGUAUCACUGACUGCCCUCAAGAUGAAGGUAUUGGUAAAGUUAAAAAGUUGUUGAAUGAGCUGAGAGAUAAAAUGGCAAAAAUUUCCACUGACAUCGAAGAUGCGGAAAUGCAUGUUCAUCAAGAAGGCCAGUAUAUUACUUUCCAUAGAGUCAACUCUAAAAAAGGUGCUGGUUUCUAUUUAAUUGCAAGAACCAAAUUCAAUGAUUUCGGUGGUGAUCAAAAAUUACCUCCUAUUGUUUUAAGUCAUGCUACUUGUGACUUGCAGUUUGCCUAUACGUUGGAAAAAGCAGGUGAUGUUCCAAAAGAUGACAAAACUUAUAUUAAGGGUAUCCCUACUAAAUUAAAGGAAUUGAAAGGUUUUAAGGUUACCUAUGAUGAGCAAGCAGAGGCUUCUACAAUUACCUUGCCUGAUGAAUUCCCACAAGGUUCGAUUGCUAUAUUUGCUACUCAACAGAAUGAAAUUGAUGAUGAGCUAGAUCAAUUUAUUAGAUCUGGUGCUAUUCAAGCCACUGAAAAAUUGACCUUGGAAUCUCUAAAUUCAAUCUUGUAUAGAAGUGAAGCUGAAGAAUAUGAUGUCAGUUGUGGCAGAAAUGGUGCCUAUGAUCUUCCAAAUUACGGGAAACUAGUAUAUUGUGGUCUUCAAGGUUGGGUCUCUGUGUUGAGAGAUGUGAUGUUUAACAAUGAUCUUGGUCAUCCUAUUAGUGCAAAUCUACGUGAUGGUUACUGGGCAUUGGACUAUGUUAUCAACAGAUUGGAUAAUUAUAUUAAUGAGCCAGGUGUUGCAGAAGUGCAAGAAUGGUUUAGAUCAAGGUUUGAUAGAGUAAAGAAAUUACCUAACUACUUGGCCCCAAGUUAUUUCGCUUUUAUUAUUGGUAUAAUGUAUGGUUGUUGUAGAUUUAGAGCAAUGCAAUUGUUCCCAGAUCAUAUUGGUUAUUCCACCUUAUUUAUCCAAAGUCUAGCUUUGACAUCAAUUCAAAUGGUCUCAAAGAUGAAAUCGACAUCAAUUUUCCCAGAUAAAGAAGUACCAGCAAUGGCUGCUGGUCUGCCAUUCUUUUCCACUGGAUAUAUGAGAUGUUGGGGGAGAGAUGUUUUUAUAUCUUUGAGAGGUUUAUUACUGGCAACCGGUAGAUUCGAUGAAGCCAAAGAUCAUAUUUUGGCAUUUGCGAAGACAUUGAAACACGGUUUAAUUCCAAACCUGUUAGAUGCUGGUAGAAACCCUAGAUAUAAUGCCCGUGAUGCGGCUUGGUUUUUCUUACAAUCAGUCCAAGAUUAUAUUGAUUCUGUGCCAGAUGGCGUACAAAUUCUAAAGGAGAAGGUUACUAGAAGAUUCCCACUAGAUGACACUUAUAUUGAAUAUGAUGAUCCAUUGGCAUUUAGCUACAGUUCUACUAUAGAGGAAGUUGUAUAUGAAAUCUUAGCUAGACAUGCUAAAGGGAUCAAAUUCAGAGAGGCAAAUGCUGGUCCUAAGAUUGACAGAGUCAUGACUGACAAGGGUUUCGAUGUAGAAAUUUAUGUCGAUUGGGAAACAGGUCUAGUGCAUGGUGGUAGUCAAUACAAUUGUGGUACCUGGAUGGAUAAAAUGGGUGAAAGUGAAAAGGCAAAUUCGGUCGGUGUUCCUGGUACCCCAAGAGACGGUGCAGUUGUUGAAAUCAAUGGUUUGUUGAAGAGUACAUUAAGAUUUGUUAUUAAGAUGAAUGAAGAAGGACACUUCAAGUUUACUGAAGUUGAAAAUCAAAAUGGCGAAAAGGUUUCUUUUAAGAAAUGGAAUGAUUUGGUUCAAGAAAAUUUCGAAAAGAAGUUUUAUAUUCCAUUAGACCCAACUGAUGAUAAGCAUUACGACAUUGAUUCUUCAAUUGUUAAUAGAAGAGGUAUUUACAAGGAUUUGUAUAAGUCUGGAAAACCUUACGAGGAUUAUCAAUUUAGACCUAACUUUGCUAUAGCCAUGGCAGUGGCUCCAGAAUUGUUUGUUCCAGACCAUGCUGCUUAUGCAGUUCGUAUGGCUGAUAAAAUUUUGAGGGGACCUAUUGGUAUGCGUACGCUAGAUCCAAGUGAUUAUAAUUAUCGUCCAUACUACAUCAAUAGUGAAGAUUCUACCGACUUUGCUACAUCCAAGGGUAGAAACUAUCAUCAAGGUCCUGAAUGGACAUGGUGCUAUGGUUAUUUCCUAAGAGCUUACCAUCAUUUUGAAUUUAUAAGUAAUCCAUUUGCACAAAGUGAAUGUAAGACAAAGCCUUCUUCACUCUUAUUCCAACAAUUAUAUGAAAGAUUAGAACACCACAGAGCUUUGAUUGCAUCAAGUCCAUGGGCAGGUCUUCCUGAAUUAACAAACAAAGACGGAGCGGUCUGUAAUGACUCCUGUCCUACUCAGGCUUGGAGUACUGGUUGUUUAUUAGAUUUGGUAUUUGAUCUUUGGGUUAACCAUAGAAGACAUUGGUAUGAAAUGGAACUUAAAAGAAAGGAUUUGAAACAAUAG